AUGCCCUUGUGUUCUCCACGACAGGACAGCAAGGCUGAGGAGAAUGGCUCUGACACCUUCAUGCACUCCAUGGACCCACAGCUGGAGUGGCAAAUGGAAACCACCCAGAACCUGGUGGACUCCUACAUGGCCAUUGUCAACAAGACCGUGUGGGACCUCAUGGUUGGUGUCACGCCCAAGACCAUGAUCCACAUCAUGAUCAACAACGUGCAUGAGUUCAUCUUCUCAGAGCUGCUGUCCAACCUGUACUCAUGUGGGGACCAGAACACACUGAUGGAGGAGUUGGCAGAGCAGGCACAGCCGCGUGAUGAGAUGCUGCGCAUGUACCAUGUGCUGAAGGAGGCGCUCAGCAUUGUCGGUGACAUCAACACGACCACCAUCAGCACUCACACGGGGGCCCGUGGACAACUCCUGGCUGCAGGUGCAGAGCAUCCUUGCCGGAUGAAGGAACGUGGGCUGGCCCCCACUCCCCAUGGCUGA